UGCUAUGAAAGAACACAUUAGAAAAUCUGAAGAUGAUAGCUCAUAUUCAAAAAUCCCAAUUAAAUCUCACUUAAUAUUGAAUAUCAGAGAAAAAAAAUCACCUUCAAAAACAUAUGUUAAUGUUUGGCCUAUUCUUCCAAAUACUGAUUACAAAAUAUUCCAUGUAGUAAAUAGCAAUCAAGAAGAGUUUUCUAUAAAUGUGGAUUAUAUUGAUGUUGAUGAAACAACCACAAAAAAAAGAAGACAUAACAUGAAUCAAAGAAAUCUCAAUGAUCUGGUGGAUUUAAGUAAAAGUAAUAAGGAAGGUGCUAACAUUUGCCAAAAUAAAUUUGACAAUGCUCAAAAACUUUUAAUACAAAUUCUAAAUGAGAAUAUUGGGAGACAAUUUGGUAUUGAUGGUGUCCAUUGUAUAAAAUUCAAUGUCCGCAAUGACCAGGUUAAUGCCAUACAUUAA